AUGGCAGCCCCCGGUGCUGUUGACGGUGACGAACUCGGUGAUCAGCAAUACUACCGACAUUUCUCACGCCGUUCAAGUACACAAGAGGAAUAUACACAGAAAGACUAUGAGCCAGAACUGUCUCAGAGCUCACCGAGAGGCCCUCAACACGAUCAACGUUAUCACUAUAACCGCACUCAGUCGGCCCCUUUCACCUAUUUUCAUGACUCCCGCACUACCAUUCCCCUUCCCUCACCCAGUCAUACACAACACCUCGAAACCAUCUCAACACAACAGCCAUCCACGUUCGAUCUCGUCACACGCAAAGAAAGCAGAGCCUCAUCACUCCCGACCCUUCAGAAAACACGACAGCGCUUGGGUCUUCACCCGACCGUGCCCAUCAUCGACGAGCACGACGAAGAGCCACAUAAUCAUUUGAUAUGGAGCAAGAUCAAAUUGACACUGCGUGAGCCAUUUGCCGAGUUCUGGGGCACAUUCAUCCUGAUACUCUUUGGAAACGGGGCCGUCGCGCAGGUGUUGCUAAGUGUAGGCGAUACGACGGCACCUGGAGGGAACGGCUAUGGGUCGUAUCAGUCAAUCUCCUGGGGUUGGGGUAUAGGCAUCAUGCUAGGCAUAUAUGUCGCAGGAGAUAGCGGUGCUUACCUGAACCCAGCCGUAACAUUCUGUUCGUGCCUUUACCGUAAACUUCCCUGGCGGCGUUUUCCCCUGUACUUGCUCGCACAAUUAUUAGGCGGCUUCGUUGCGUCUGGCGUCGUAUACGCAAACUACAUCAACGCAAUAAACGACUUCGAAGGCCACAACGUUCGCACCGUGCCACCCAGCUCAACUGCCACCGCAGGAAUAUUUUGCACUUACCCUAAAGCAUACUUGACCCGAGCAAGUCAGUUCUUCUCUGAAUUCAUCGCGAGUGCGGUCCUCAUGUUCGUCAUAUUUGCACUCAAGGAUAAUGGAAACAUGGGCGGCAGCAAGGGCGACAAAUGGUUUCCCCUCGCGCUGUUCUUUCUCAUAUUUGGUAUUGGCGCAUGUUUCGGCGUUGAGACUGGAUACGCGAUCAAUCUUGCGCGUGAUUUUGGACCAAGAUUGAUGAGUUACGCGGUGGGCUAUGGAUCUGAGGUGUGGUCUGCAGGGGGCUAUUACUUUUGGGUACCGAUCGUGGCGCCGUUCUGUGGUUGUACGUUUGGUGGCUUCUUGUAUGAUGCCUUCAUCUACACAGGUGAGAGUCCGGUCAAUACGCCAUGGUUGGGUUUGAGGAGGAUCUUCUCACCUAGAGCGGCGGCGAAAGCAAGGAGGCAGAGGGAAAGGAGGGCGAAGGAGGAGGGAGUCGUUUAG